AUGGGCGCCCAGGGCUCCAAAAUGCCGUGUCCGACGCUGAACUACUUCUCGAUCUGCGGACGAGGCGAGCUCGCGCGCCUGAUCUGUGCCCUGGGCGAGGUCGAGUUCGAGGACAAAACGUGGGCACCCGCGUUUGACGAGUCGGGCGGGUGGCGGCAAGGCUACCAGGCGAUUGGGAACGCGUUCGGCUUCCCCGGCACCAUGCCCGUCCUCGAGCACGGCGACCUCAAGCUCUUCCAGACGGCUGCGAUCGAGUCGUACCUGGCCUCCAUCGCGCCAAAGGUCUUCCCUGGCCUGACGCCGGCGCAGAAGGGGAAGGACAUGAUGUUUGCGCAGAUCAAGGCGGACAUCAACGCCUCGACCGAGAGCCUCCUCUUCAAGAAGAUUGACGGGCCCGCGCUGACGGAGAUCUUGGAGAAGUGGUACCCAAUUUUGGAGGGCCUGCUUCCCGAAGCCGGCUUCGUCAACGGGCUCGCGACGCCGACCAUGGCAGACCUGGCCGUGCUCGUGAUCGCCAAGGGCUGCAUGCCCUUCCAGGCCGCGCCCAAGCUCGCAUCCUUCGACACGGUGAGCAAGUACCCCAAGAUCAAGCGCGUCGCCGACGAGACGGCCGCCUUCCCGGCGAUCGCAAAGUUUCUCGCCGCCAGCGAGCACAAGACACUGACGGCCGACCCGUUCGGCAUCAUGGGGUCGUAG